GUUGCCACUGCAGCAGGCAACUUGGGCACCGGGCAGCUAACGGACCCUGCCUCCGGCCUGAGCAGCAGCGGCAUGGGCAGCGCCAGCCCCAGCCUGAGCUCCCUGCCCUCCGGCCGUCUCCUUCUGUCCCCCAACACGGUGUUGCGGACAGGCCCAGAGAAGAUGACAGCCGGGCUGGUGGGGCCAGAGAGACGGGACUGGAGCCCCAGCCCGCCUGCCACACCGGAGCAGGGCCUGUCUGCCUUCUACCUCUCCUGUUUGGACAUGCUGUACCCCGACGACAGCAGCUGGGCCACCAAGGGCCCUGGGGCCAGCACUCGGGGUGAACCGCCUGAGGAGCCCGAGCAGUGCCCGGUCAUCGACAGCCAAGCGCCCGGGGGCAGCCUGGACCUGGCGCCGGGAGGGCUGAGCCUGGAGGAGCACUCGCUGGAGCAGGUGCAGUCCAUGGUGGUGGGCGAGGUGCUCAAGGACAUAGAGACAGCCUGUAAGCUGCUCAACAUCACUGCAGACCCCGUGGACUGGAGCCCAGGCAACGUGCAGAAGUGGCUCCUGUGGACGGAGCACCAGUACCGGCUGCCCCCCGUGGGCAAGGCCUUCCAGGAGCUGGGGGGCAAGGAGCUGUGCGCCAUGUCGGAGGAGCAGUUCCGCCAGCGCUCACCCCUGGGCGGGGAUGUGCUACAUGCCCACCUGGACAUCUGGAAAUCAGCGGCCUGGAUGAAAGAGAGGACGUCCCCCGGGGCCAUUCACUUCUGCGCCUCGACCAGUGAGGAGAGCUGGACGGACAGCGAAGUAGACUCGUCCUGCUCGGGGCAGCCCAUCCACCUGUGGCAGUUCCUCAAGGAGCUGCUGCUGAAGCCCCACAGCUACGGCCGCUUCAUCCGGUGGCUCAACAAGGAGAAGGGCAUCUUCAAGAUUGAGGACUCCGCUCAGGUGGCCCGGCUUUGGGGCAUCCGAAAGAACCGCCCCGCCAUGAACUACGACAAGCUGAGCCGCUCCAUCCGCCAGUAUUACAAGAAGGGCAUCAUCCGAAAGCCAGACAUCUCCCAGCGCCUGGUCUACCAGUUCGUGCACCCCAUCUGAGGGCUGCGGGCCAGG